AUGGUGUGCUCCUAUAUUGACGUGGAUGCUUUAAUCAGCCCUGAUGUCGAAUUCUGUGGCUACACGAUUCCACAUCCUUCCGAGACCAAGAUGAACAUUCGGAUUCAGACCUGGGAAGAUACAAAUACCACUGCGACCGAUGCUCUCCGGAAAGGCUUGAGCGAUAUGAUUGAAGCAUGCGAUGUCAUCUCCGAAAAAUUCACUGAGGCUUGUAACGAAUUUGAUGAUGGGAAGUCAUGA